AUGAACCAUAUUCUUAGAAGUAAACUAGAUUUACAGGAAUUAAGUAAUGGAGUAACUAAUGACUCAUCUCUAGAACGUAUCUCGGAAGCCAGUAUUGACAUACCACUGCAUUAUCAUUGUGGGAGAAAUGUCAAUAGGCAGCAAAAUGCAGAAGAGCAAUUGCCUGAUAUCUUAAUACCCCAAAGUAGUGGGAGUAAUGUUGAGCAACCUCAGAUUGUUGAGCAGCCUAAAAUUGUUCUGCAGCCUGCACUCCAUGAAGAAGUUAAUGAUAUCCCAACACCGCAUGGUGUGGAGUAUAACAUUGAGGCCUCAGUUCCAAAAAAUGAUGUUAUGAGUCAAAUUCAAAAUCAAAAUCAGACUGCACCUGUAGUGACUAGUCGUAGUAGGAGAAUUAUUAAAAAACCUCUCAGGUUUGCGCUCUUGGGAGAAUAUUAUGAUAGAAUCCCUGAAAAGCCUAAUACAGAACCUAUUAAUUACAACGACGCACUACAGGAUACAUAUACUAUAAAUGGGUUGCUUCUAUGA